AUGGAUGCUCCGCGUUUUCCAAAAUGGUUUGUUGAACAGUUGCUACCGAACAUCAAGCCACGCAGCGUGAUUGUGAUGGAUAAUGCGUCGUAUCACAGUGCUCAAGUUGAAAAGGUGCCAAGUUCAUCAUCAAGAAAAGCCGACAUCCAGUGCUUGUUGAAAUCGAAAAGUAUCCCUUUUUCGGAUGACCAACUGAAGAGCGAACUGCUGCAUCUCGUUAAGCAGCAUAAGCACAUGUUCAUUGCUUACCAGAUUGACACACUUGCCAGCGCUGCCGGUCAUGAGGUUGUGCCCUUGCCUCCUUACCACUGCGAGCUCAAUCCAAUAGAGCUCGUGUGGAGCCAGGUCAAUGGCUAUGUUGCUUCGAAGAACACUGACUUCAAGAUCGAUUCAGUUGAGAAGCUGCUGCUGGAAAGAAUCGCAGGUGUGACCCCGCAGAACUGGUUCCAAGACUGCGCUCACGUGAUAAGGCUUGAGGAUGAGACAUGGGAGCGGGAUGACAUUAUAGACAGCCAAAGAGAAAGUCUCCUAAUUUCUUUGGGCACAGGUUCGAGUACUUCUGAUGAGUCGAGCAGCUCUGACAUGAGCGGAAUUUAUGAACUGCCAUGA